AGAAUGAGGACAAACAAAACAAACAUGGCUGCGUUCUUUUGACCUGACCCUCUUGUCUAUGAAGGAAAAGACAGCUAAGUGUUUGCCCGGACUCAGUUUUCGUUUGUAAAUCGACAUGUUUUACAGGAACAGAGUAGUGACAAAGCUGUUGAACAUUGUCCCGGGGAAGCGCCGACUGGGACCUUACAGGUUUCUUCCCAUCUUCUUUUGCAUCGGAGGAGUCAUGGAGUGGGUUAUGAUCAACGUGAGGGUGGGAAGAGAAACUUUCUAUGACGUCUACAGAAGGAAACGAUCAGAGCGGGAGUACAAGCAGAAGAUCACAGACGGUCUGAUAGUUCCUGAUCAGCCUGCAGCCAAGUGACUGAUGGUCGGACUCAUCACCUGAGGACACCUUGUUGGACUCUCCUGCCCUGAUUUUAACAGCUGUACCACAUCUGUAAUACUAUUGAUGACAUAAAGGUGAUAAGAUGAAGAAGUCCUCUCCAGCAGGCAGGUUUUAUGGUUUAUACUCACAGGCAAAGAUGUUUUCACGAUGAUGGUGCAGCUUUGAAUGACACAAGAGGCUGAUUGUAAUCACAGCAAUAUUUCAUGUAAAUCCUUAUUAAUGCUUCAUGUGGAAAGCAUCUAAAACAUGCACAACAACAUAUGGAUAAUCUGUAGCAUUGUGCACUGUGUUAUUACGUAAUGUGAGAAACUGUAUAGUUGAGCUAUU